UGGCUUUGCGCUAUAAUUCAUUUCAUACAAUGAAAAUAUUGAACGCACAUUUGUGCAUAUUUAAUAAACUUUGCUUAGCAUUGAUUCCAACGCAAUGCGAGCGAUAUUUUGCGCUCUAUUGAUCUGCAGUUUUUUUGCAACUUUUCUUGGUGCAAAAAAGGUUGCCAAUGGAAAAGUUGGGACUGCACAACAAUUAUAAUGAGAUUGUGAGGGAUUUGAUUAAGAAUUGGGAAUCUCCGAUUGUGUAUUUGCGUCAGCUUGGUUAUCUGCCGAAUGAUUACGAAGAUACAUCGAAAAUAAAACCCAAUUUGGAUGCGCUCAUGAGUCGCAUGGAGCGUGAUGAUGAACGCGACUCAUUGCGACAAGAAGUGGACAAAUCCAGGCAACAUUUCUGUGGAGUGCAAGAUGAGAAACUGAAGCAGAAGCGGGAGAAUGCGAAUGGCAACGAAGGCAUCAAGUAUCCCACUGUUGAUCAGUUGUUGGCCAUGAAGCAACCCUCUUUGGCCGUAGCUAUGUCUGCGGCCAAAGUGGAUGAGUUGAUGCCCAAGCAGAAGGCAGCGGAUCAUCAAGCUGACGGCAGCAAUGCUCAGUUGAUGCUGCUCACGCAGCUGUUGGCAAAACAGCAGUCGGCUCAAGUACAGUCGGAGGUGAAUCAAAAGUCUGAGGACUUUCUGCAACAGCUGGUGGCAAAGACAAGUCCUGUGGCUGUGGGUGUGGGUGGCAUGCCACAAGUAGCCGCUGCGCCACAACAAUUGGUAGGAGGAGAUGCCAACGUGAUGAGUAGUCGCCCGGUUGAGGCGCAAUCUAAAGUUCAGAUUGAUGCACCACAAUAUCUAAAUUGGGAUAUCGGCAGCAAUAAACUGAAGCAAAUCUCGCCGCUGGAGAAGAAUGCAUAUGUGGACAAGCUGGUGCGCAUCUAUGUGAAAAAGCAAGAGACUCAAGGAGAACCGAAAAAAUCUCUAAUAUAAACUUAUAUUUUAUACAUUUUUUUUUGUGGGUAAAUUGCGUUGAGGCAA